AUGGCGACUCCCUCCUCCAACAUUUCCAGGACCGACACUUUGUCGAAGUACCUGAAGCUCGACCAGAAGGGCAGCAUCAUGGCCGAGUACAUCUGGAUCGAUGCCGCUGGCGAGACUCGUUCCAAGUCCCGCACGCUGAAGGAGAAGGGGUACACGCCUGAUGACCUUCCCACCUGGAACUUCGACGGUUCCUCCACCGAGCAGGCUCCCGGUGACAACUCUGACGUCUACCUCAAGCCCGUUGCCGUCUUUCCCGAUCCUUUCCGUGGCACUCCUAACAUCCUCGUCCUCGCCGAGUGCUGGGAUGCCGACGGCUCGCCUAACAAGUACAACUACCGUUACGAGUGCGCCAAGACCAUGCAGGCUCACGCUGCGCUCGAGCCGUGGUUCGGCCUUGAGCAGGAGUACACCCUGCUCGACCUCAGCAACCGUCCUUUUGGCUGGCCCUCGAACGGUUUCCCCGCCCCCCAAGGCCCCUACUACUGCGGUGUCGGCGCUGGUAAGGUCGUCCAGCGCGACAUUGUUGAGGCGCACUACAAGGCCUGCCUGUACUCCGGUGUCAAGAUCUCUGGCACCAACGCCGAGGUCAUGCCUGCCCAGUGGGAGUUCCAGGUCGGCCCCUGCGUCGGUAUUGAGAUGGGUGACCACCUCUGGCUCGCCCGUUUCCUCCUUGCGCGCAUCUCUGAGGAGUUUGGUGCCAAGGUGUCCCUGCACCCUAAGCCCAUUCCCGGUGACUGGAACGGCGCCGGUCUGCACACCAACUUUUCCACCAAGGACAUGAGGGUAGAGGGUGGCAUGAAGCACAUCGAGGACGCGAUCAAGAAGCUUGAGGGCCGCCACAAGGAGCACAUUGCCGUCUACGGCGAGGACAACGACCAGCGCCUGACGGGCCGCCACGAGACGGGCGCCAUCGAUCAGUUCAGCUGGGGCGUCGCCAACCGUGGCGCCUCCAUCCGCAUCCCCCGCGAGGUCGGCGCCAAGGGCUACGGAUACUUCGAGGACCGCCGCCCCGCCAGCAACUCGGACCCUUACAGGAUCACCCACAUUAUGAUGGAGACGUGCUUCGGCGCUUCGGACUAA